UGUUGAUCGAGUCUCUAUUAAAUUUUCGCUGAUUGAUCUCUGGAUUGUAAACCGUUUACACAGUUAAAGUUUUUUGGAGCGGAGUCCCGUGGGUUCUCUAGAGGUUACCUUUUUCCAAAAGACUUAAAAUGGCUUACCCAACCAGUUCAAAUAAAACCCAUAUUGUUAAGAAGCGCUUCAAAAAGUUUUUCCGCCACCAGAGUGAUCGCUAUGGAAAAUUACGGCCCGGCUGGAGAAAGCCCCAUGGUAUUGACAAUCGUGUCCGUCGCCGAUACAAGGGAACCAACUGCAUGCCAAAGAUCGGUUAUGGCGGUGACAAGCGGACCCGACACGUCCUUCCCAAUGGUUGCCGCAAGGUCCUCGUCCGCAAUGUUCAGGAUUUGGAGGUGUUGAUGAUGAACAACCGGCGGUACUGCGCGGAGAUUGCCAGUGGAACAUCGGCCAGGAAGUGCGAAGUCAUCGUUGCCCGGGCUAAACAGAUGAGCAUCCGAGUUUCUAAUGCUAAUGCGCGGUUACGAGCGGAGGAGAAUGAAUAAUUGUCAUACUGUCUUUUAUGCUCAGUUACCAUCGAUUUCGUAUAUUAUAAAAAACCGCGUCUUCACUUUGGGUUCUACCGUUCUGUCUGCUGUUCUAUUCAGUUGUCAGCCCACGUUUGCCAAAUCAGUUUCGGCCAGAUUAGUUAACCCUUUUCAUUGUUAACUACAAGUACCGUAAAUUCCUAUAUUAACGUAAACUCCGAUACUUCCGUUAAAGCCAAGAU